GUACUGCCCCCCCUACCCCCCCCCAUUCCCGGCUGGCGGCUGCGGGAGCAGCGGGAAGAGGAGGAGGAGGAGGAGAGGGAGAGGGAGAGCUGCUGCACCGGCACAGGGGGCCGCCGCCGCCCGAGCAGCCGCAGAGCUCUGGAAUGCUGUGAAGACUCCCUGCCCAGGCACACUCCUCUCCGGAUUAUCUCCAUCCCAAGGAGGCUCGUAUCCAAGAGAGUUCCCGGUCUUCCACCAUGAAUCCUGUUUACAGCCCCGUCCAACCUGGGGCUCCCUACGGAAACCCGAAGAACAUGGCCUAUACAGGUUAUCCAACAGGCUAUCCCACUGCUGCCCCAGCCUACAAUCCCAACAUGUAUCCAACCAGCAGCCCCGGCUACGCCCCAGCCACACUUCUGAUGAAGCAGGCCUGGCCCCAGACCUCCUCGUCCUGUGCCACCGAGGGCACCUUCCACCUCCCGGUGGACACCGGCACCGAGAACAGAACCUACCAGGCUUCUUCUGCAGCAUUCAGGUACACUGCGGGGACUCCCUACAAGGUGCCACCGACCCAGAGUAACAACGCCCCUCCUCCCUACUCGCCGUCUCCGAACCCGUACCAAACCGCGAUGUACCCCAUCAGAAGUGCCUACCCCCAGCAGAACCUGUACACCCAGGGAGCUUAUUACACCCAGCCCGUGUACGCGGCCCAGCCUCACGUCAUCCACCACACCACGGUGGUGCAGCCCAACAGCAUCCCCUCGGCCAUCUACCCGGCCCCGGUGGCCGCGCCCCGCACCAACGGCGUGGCCAUGGGCAUGGUGGCUGGCACCACCAUGGCAAUGUCAGCAGGAACCUUGUUGACCACCCCCCAACACACCGCCAUCGGAGCACAUCCAGUGUCCGUGCCAACGUACAGGGCUCAAGGAACCCCCACCUACAGCUACGUACCUCCACACUGGUAAACCACUGGCCAAUCCAUAUCCGGAGUCAAACAUUGUAUGCAACUACACAAGUCUUACAUCGGUGCUGCGGCCGCUGGGCUGCAGCGCCUCGUCUGUUUGCAAGAACAAAAGAAAAAAAAAAGUGCAAGGGUCACUUUAUGCAUUCUUUAGUGGUUUUUGUAAAAGCUGCUUUUUCUAAUCUUCUGCCUCUUUUUUUCCCCCCUUCCUCCCCCUCCCACAUGAAUUGUGUAACACACAUACUGACACUGAGCAAUAGUCAAGUUCUCUCUCCGGUCCUAUCAUUUGAUAGCUCAGAAUCUUCACUUUUCCAGCAUUGCCCAGCCGAGUGGUGCAAAGAUCCCCCCACUUCUUGUUCAUUUGGGUUCUUUUUGUUAUUUUUCUGUUGUCGUUGUUGUUGACAAGAGCCUAGAUUUUUUUUGGCUAGUAAGAGUGGUUGAUGUUCAGGGUACUAUGUGAAAAGCACAGCGCUGGUAGGCAGGCUUAUUCCGAUUUGGUUUGGGUAUUUUUAGUUGAAGAAUAUAAAUUAUUCAAUCUUUCAUAACAUAUUACAAGAAAAUUGGUGUCUUCCAGAUAGCUGUCGUGAUAGAUUAUAAAUGCAUUAUCUGCAGUGGAAUUCUGAACUCAUCCCUUCUUUUUGUAGGAGUAAGAGAAUAUAAAUAUAAUUAGCGACGUAACACACUUGUCUUAGGAAGCACGAGGACUGGUCACCAGCGGGUCUUUGGUCUGCUUUUUCCAACUGGGCACACGGAUCAUGGGUGAUGGGAAGGGAGCAGCAGGAAGAUGCAUGCCCUGGGAGCAUCUGGAACCCCUUGGGAAAACGGGAUGCUCCCCCUCAGCCACAUCCUGGGGCAGUGUGAGGGAGAAGGAGGCUCCUUCCUUGCCUGGCUGCUGUUUGCAGGCAGAGAUGUGCUGGGCAGCUGCUGAGGGAAGCAAGGAGAUGUCCAAAGGUUGGGCUGGAGAGCUUCUCCAGGUCCCAGGGUUGAUCUGGAGAGCUUCUCCAGGUUUAGGGUUUGGUCUGAGGAGCUUCUCCAGGUUUAGGGUUUGGUUUGAAGAGCUCCUCUAGGCUUAGGUUUUGGUCUGAAGAGCUCCUCCACGUUCAGGUUUGGUCCGAAGAGCUUCUUCAGGUUCAGGUUUGGUCUGAAGAGCUCCUCCAGGUUUAGGUUUUGGUCUGAGGAGCUCCUCCAGGUUCAGGUUUGGUCUGAAGAGCUCCUCCAGGUUUAGGGUUUGGUCUGAGGAGCUCCUCCAGGUUCAGGGUUUGGUCUGAAGAGCUCCUCCAGGUUUAGGUUUUGGUCUGAAGAGCUCCUCCAGGUUUAGGGUUUGGUCUGAGGAGCUCCUCCAGGUUUAGGUUUUGGUCUGAGGAGCUCCUCCAGGUUUAGGUUUUGGUCUGAGGAGCUCCUCCAGGUUCAGGAUUUGAUCUGAAGAGCUUCUCCAGAGUAUGGUGGUGUGGGAAAAGAGGGCGUCUGGUUGAUGGAGAUGAGUCUUCAAGGCAGGGCAAGGACAAGAUGGGUGGCUUCAGCGUGCACCCAUGGUGUUGGCAGGGCUGAGACCAAACUGCGCGGCCUCCCUGGCAGUUGAGGUGUCCCCCUCCCAUUCUUUGGGUUACAGCUUCAGGACUUCCAGGAGAAAUGUUCAUCCAAGCACAAAUACCAGCACCAUGGAGAAAGGCCGGGGAGGGGGAUGAUGUCUGGCUGCUCUGCUUGGAGAGGUGGCAGAGGAGGAAGCAAUAGCAAUAAAAACGUCGCCUCCUUCACGGGAAGGCACCUGAGAAGAGGUGACAGCAGGGAAGGUGAUCCACAGUUGACAUGGACCAGGAUGGGGGACACCAGGCACGCAGAGGCUGUGGGCAUCAGGGUCAUUUUGGGGGGGGUUUGGCUUACCCGGGGACAUGGGGACAGGAAGCUGGUGACAUCCCUCCUCAGGGUGUCCAAGUAGAGCAAUAAAUUGUCUUGAGGGCAGCAGAGGCAGUUUGGAAUUGCAGACAAUGCUUGUGGCCAGUUUGUUUUUAAAUCCUUGUCACUAAACCCAGCAUAGCAACAAUGUUUUUGGGAUUUUUUUGGGUUUUUUUUUAAGACAAAAGCUUGGUUGGGUUUUGAUUUUUGCCUGAAGUGUGCCAAAAGUGUUCCAUGCUCUUGGUGGAGUCUCCCAGCUUGGCUUGAGCUCCUGGAGCUCCUUCCCUUGAGCAUGGGCCAGGUGGGGAGUAACAAGCCUAGGGAUCCCAGGGGGACAUUCCCUCCCACUGGUUGGUCCCAGGAGGUUUGUCAGGUUGGGUGUUGGCGUUGGCACUUCUGUUUGGGGGUCAUUCGGUUGAUUCUGCUGGUUUGAAGGAAAUCUAGAGCAAAGCUCUGGUUGACCUCCUCAGCCUCAAGAGGAAAAAAGUGGGGGAAGACUGUGCUGUGGGGUGGGGAAGGAGCACCCUUGGGCUGCACUUUGGGUUGGUAUUGAGGGAAAGGAGAAGGAAAAAAGAGAAAAAGAGCCAAUCAGUGGGCUCCCCAUUUGGCUCGGCAAAGCCAAGGAUUAGUAAAGAGCAGCAGGACCUUGGGAAAUAACACCAACACGUCAUCCUUGCACUGUUUGUAGCACAUUGCAGUUAAACCUGGGCCAAAAAUCCCCAGAUCCUAAGAACUGAAGACUUCUGAGAUUCCCGUUUCCCCUCUCAUGUUGACUUUGUGUUACGCACCAGGAGCUGUCUGUCAGCAUUGAGUCGGUUUUCCCAACAUAAUGGCACUCUGGUUUGUGGGAUCCUGCGAGCUUUAGGAUCCCAGCCUGGGCUCUGCAAACGACCUGUCCUAGCAGACACCAUCCCACCACUGUCCCAGACACCCUGCACCACUUUAGGAACCACUCCUGAAAUUUGUGGAAAGGAGAUGUUGGGCUUUCUCCUGGAAGGAAAAGAAACAUUAAAGGUGGGGGAGAAAGCCCCAGGAGUUGAGUGUGGUGGAUCACCCAGUGCUCCCACUGAUGAGCCCUGACACAGUUGGGUUGUUGGGGCAGUUGGGUUUUAAUUCCUUUACUUGGAUCAAUAGCAGAUCCAGUGCUCCUCAUCCCAUUUUUCCCAGGCAGAAAUACUCAUUAACCAAAGUGUGGAGAGGUGAAAUAUUUGCCACCUGUUGGGCCAGAGGCUUUAGUGAGGACAUUUGGUGACCAGCCUUGAGCCUCUGUGUGGAACCAGGGCCACCACGUGGCUCUGGGGCCACCACACAGUGCUAGGCUUGGGUAGCUCCUUCCCAAGGUGGGGCUGCAGUGCUGGGGAGAUGCUCCCUGUCCCUUCCUUGAUCCCAAGUCCUCCCCUUGGUCAAGUCAUGGCUUAACUGAGGGUCCUGGGAAGGUCACAAUGGGGAACACUGAUGGGGGCACCACCUUCUCAGAUAUUUCAUUCCAGCAAAGCUUUGCUGAUGUUGGUUAAGGAAAAGGGUUUUCCACAGCAAAGGAUCACACCGGGCAUCAGUAGGAAAGAGCAGGAGGGGUUAAACCAUCCUUAGCAGCCACUGAAGUGUCUGAGAUUAAAAUUCCAGCUAAAGAGGGAGGAAAAUAACUCUGAACCAUCAACCCAUCCCAGCCCUUACCUUUACUUCAAAACACAAGCUGUGAUGCAAGAUUUGGGGGGAAAAUAGGAUUUUAGUGGUGGUGGUGACCCCCAAACCCCAGGAGCCCCUUGAAGCCUGAGGCCAUCUUGCCUCCAAGUGGCUGAACCCUCCAGGCAAGGUUUUGCUACUGCAUUUCAUGAAUAAUAAAUCACUCAGUUCAGCAUAGUUUUGGUUUUGGGAUGUAAUUCCCAGGAAAUGUUGUUUAAGGGCGUUGUUUUAAUGAGGGAUGUUCAGAGCAUCAGGUUUUCCUGCAACCACCAGCAUCCCACUGAAUCUGGUCCUUCCCAGAGAAACCCCCCCUGACUCUUUGCCAUCCCCUCUGGGAAUGUGGGGAUGAUGUGGUUCCCAGCUGGAGGGCAUGAAAUGGGAUUCUGGUUUUUCAGCAGGGUGGAAAACAACAUUUGAGGCUUUAUUUUUGGUAAAAUCCAACCAGCCAACAAUAGCAAUAAGAGCUGCUGGAUACCCAUAAAUCCAGGUAUUUUUGGUUUGUUUUUUUUUUUUUAAUUGCCAAUAUUUUCAGGCCCUCCAACUGUGGUGACCCUCUGCCCAUCUUCCCUUCGCUUUGCUCCUGAGCCAGGAUCAGCCUCCAAAUAUUUUCUCUGCUGUGUGUUAGCAUUCCCUUAGGGGAAAAAAAAAAGGAAAAUAAAGUCUGUGACAGAGCUUGGGAAGGAGGAAAUCCUUGGAAAAGGUGUUUCUGUGGCAUGUUGCACCAUGGCACUUGGAGAUUCUCUGGCAAUCAGGUAAAAGAACUUGUGGGAAUGUUUGCAGGGCAGGAAUAGCAAAAUUUGUGGUUUGACAGGAGCAAUUCCCAUUUGGAAGUGCUCCAUUGUGCUGCUUGUAGGGAAUAAUCUUGAUGCAACAUGGCCACCUGCAGCUUCCCUGCAUCCUCCUGCAAGAGAUGGAGCUGGGAGAUGGAAUUUUCCAGGGGGAAGAGGGGUUCAGGAUCAGGGAGGGAUUUGUAGGGAAGCAUGGCAAGGUGCAGGAUCACACCUAAACCCUCCCAUUCCCACAACAUGGCCUCAACUCACACCAGGCUCCCACCCCUCUUUCUAUGUAAUUGAUUUUAAAUCUGUUUCAAUGACCAGAUCAGCUCAUUUUUAAGUAUUAUUGGACCUCUUAAAUAAAAACAAAUACCAAAAAAACAAUUCCCUGAAAGAACAGCAACAAAAGAAAAUUUAAACCCAAGAGUAACCACGUCUUCCAAGUCUACAUCUCACAGGUGUGUAGGGAACAUGGCCUUGGACUGAUGCCCUGGAGAGCCCCACAGCCUCAGUUUGUCCAUCUGAAGUGUAAAUUUGGGGUUGUUUUCCCGUUUGUUUUCUGUUCUGGUUUUGGUUCUGAAGAUCAGGUCGUGAUCUCCCUGACAGAUUUCAGCCAAGAGUUUGUAACUGUACGAUAUUUACUGUAAGAUGUAGAACAUUCGAUAACUAUUAAAAUGUUUCCAAAAAAAUUAAAUAAAUAAAUAAAAGAG